AUGUUACAAGUUGGGCACCCACGGCGGGACCGAAAAAGAAUAAUACCCUACACAAACAUGUCAGAAUUUUCCAGUUCGGCAAAAGAAUUCCCCCCAUUGUUCGGUCCGUUCGCAGAAGUGGAGGCGAAGAUGGAGACUACGUCGCCUCAUGAAUGGAUCCCACCGCUCAUGGCCCCGGAGCAAUUCGUACCUGGAGAUUUCGACGUUUGGGAAUCGCAAGUAUGGCGCUAUGUUUGCAGCCUUUCGUCAUCAUAUCGGGUAUAUGUGGUGAUUAAUCUUCUGACGAGAGAGGCUUAUAAGUCAGUAAUGGACUUCGACCUCCCGGACGAUGUGGAUAGCCUUCUGGUGACCCUGAGGUGGAGACUGACAGGACCGAAAACGGCAUUUGAAUAUCGGGAGGAGUUUCACAUGCUACAGAAACGACCUGAGAAAAGUCUGAUGAACUAUAUGGGGUCCGUGCGGCGUCUUGCUCAGUAG